AUGGCGGCGCCGCCGUCUGAUGUCACGGUCUUCGGUGCUCAGAUUUUCGCGCCGGGAGGUACGCGUCGGAUUGACUUCUCGAAGUAUACACGUGGGCCCGUGAUUUCUUACUUACGGGGUUAUCCACUAGAAAAAUUAGAGCCACGGGGUUGGAAAAUGUAUUAUAUAUAACAUGAGGGGGUAAACGUAAGAUGCCCCCACGUGUCACCGACUUUGUGCUUGCCGAGGGCGAAGCGCUGGAAUCAGAUGGUACGAGAAGCUGAUUCCACGGACCAAACGGCGCGAGGGGAGGAGAAUCGACGCUUUUGCCCUUUUUUCGUUUCUCAUGUGACAAGGAAAAUAAAAUUCCCUCUCAUUUAAAAAUACCUCCACUCAAAAAUCCUAUUUUUAUCAGUUUAUAAUGCCCAAUAUUCUAUUUUUAUUAAAUCAAAUAUUCCCCCGUCGUAGCAGCUAGCUGCUCUCUCUCUCUCUCUCUCUCUCUCUGUGGAGGGCGGAGAGAUCGGUGGGCGAGGAGAGGAGGCGGCAAAGCUCGAUUACAAUGGUGAAGUGGUGGUUUUACCCAGCAGGAGGGCAAGGGGAAGAGAGGAGGGGAGACAUGGUGGACGCAGGGCGAAGCGUGGAGUUUGCCGCGGUGGUGGCGGCGGCGGUGGCGGCGGCGGCGGCGGGGAUGAUCAUCCGUACGACUUCCUCGUCUGCGGCCCCCGGAACGUCUCCUUUCCUAACUGGCGGGACCUCUUCCGCUCCUCCUGGUAAAUUAUCGUCUCCCUCUUUUGAUUUCUGCUCGUACAGGGGGAAAAAAGGUGAAUUGGGAGGGCUAGGGUUCCUCGCGAUCUCGUCGUGAGGUGAAUUGGAAGAGCGUAUGAGAAAUCUGAGCACAACUCCCCCUCCUGUUUCUCUUCCCGGAAGAUGAGCGAGCGGCAUCUACAACAGAGGACGGUCCCACUCGGGGGAAGUGGGGGGGAGGGGCUUCUUCCAUCAUCUCAUCUUCAAUCCGGGAAACCAGGAAUUCGAGAUCCGGCAAAAGUUUCCGCUCUCCUCUGACCAAUUUCCUCUCGCAUCGUCCGUGAUUCUUGCAGGAAAGAUCCGAACUAUAAGAGGGUAGUGAUCGCCUGCUUCAUCCAGGCCGCGUACCUGCUGGAGAUCGACCGGCAGGAGAAGAGGACGGGGGACGGCGCCCUUGCGCCGAAAUGGUGGAAGCCCUUCAAGUACAAGCUCGCUCAGGCCCUGGUGGACGAACGGGACGGCUCCAUCUACGGCGCCCUCUUCGAGUGGGAUCUCGCCGCCGCCAUCUCGGAGCUCAUCGUCGCGAGGCCCGGCGGCGCCCCCCGCGCCGUCCUCGCCCUCCGGGGGACGCUGCUCACGAGCCCGACGAUCAGGAGGGACCUGGAGGACGACCUUCGGUUCCUGGGCUGGGAGAGCCUCCGGGGCUCCACCAGGUACGGCGGCGCACUGGCGGCGCUCAAGUCCGCCGUGGAGAAGCACGGCGACGGCAACGUGUGGGUCGGCGGGCACUCCCUGGGCGCCGGCUUCGCGCUGCAGGUGGGCAAGGCGCUGGCCAAGCAGGGGGCCUUCGUGGAGUGCCACCUCUUCAACCCACCGUCCAUCUCCCUGACUGCCGCCGUGAGGAACAUCGGAGAUACGGCGGCCAUGGUCUGGAGGAGGAUCACGUCUGCGCCACCGGUGAGCGGUGACGCUCCCUCUCCCUCAGCAGAGCUCAGUAGAAGCUGGGUGCCCCAUUUGUACGUGAACCAGAGCGACUACAUCUGCUGCCUCUACACCAAGUUCUCCAGGAGCAACGGCGACCUCGGGGACGACCUUGGUCGGACGAUCAUAGCAGAGGAUCCUGGUGGGUCUGCGGCGACGAGGCUCUUCGUCGCUUCCAAGGGCCCGAAGAGGUUUCUCGAGGCGCACGGGUUGCAGCAGUGGUGGUCCGACGACAUUGAGCUCCAGCAGGCUCUCGACCAUAGCAGGCUCAUCAACAGGCAGCUCAGAUCGCUCUACACUCUUCCCCAGCCCCCGCCGCAGCCGACCCCGCAGACUCCCGGCAGCAUCUGA